AUGUCUCCCUUACCAUUCUUCAUGCAAGGUGAGGUAGUAAAAGGUUUCGGAAGAGGCUCAAAGGAUCUUGGUUGUCCGACAGCAAAUUAUUCACGGGAUCUAAACAAGACCAUCCCAAAAGACUUCAAAACUGGAGUCUAUUGUGGAUGGGCGCAAGUAGACACACAGCCUGUAUAUAGAAUGGUUGUUAAUAUUGGCUGGUGUCCUUUCUACCAAAAUGAAGAUAUGUCUGUGGAAACACACAUAUUACAUGAGUUUGAAAACGAUUUCUAUGGAUCCAACUUGAAGAUAUGCCUAGUGGAAUUUCUACGACCUGAAAUGAACUUCACAUCGCCAGAUGGUCUUAUUAAGCAGAUCGCAACAGACAUCGCAAACGCUCAUAACAUACUUGACCUUCCCGAACACAUGAAAUUCAGGGAAAACGAUUAUUUUUCAAAUGACGCGAAAUAG